AUGUACUCCAAGUUUUCAAUACUUUUUCUACAGGUACUUUGCUUAGCCACUCUUAUCGCCGCUGUAGUCGCGUAUGACUACCACCAUGGUCCCGCGUACUCAUCUCAACACAUCUCUCGGCACGAUGUCGGACAUGGAUACGGUCAUGACCAUGACUACUAUGCCCACCCCAAGUAUCAGUUUGACUACAAAGUAGAAGACCAUCACACCGGCGACAUCAAGUCUCAGCACGAGAGUCGCGACGGUGAUGUCGUAAAGGGCUACUACGCUCUCCACCAGCCCGACGGCAACGAAAGACAAGUGCACUACCAUGGCGACGGACACACCGGAUUCCACGCUGAUGUCAAAUACAACGUGCAUCAUAAACAUUACCAUCAUUGAGUAUUUGUUAGCCAAACAUUGUUAUCAAACGUCUUAGGUGUGUCGUUAAUAUUUGAUACGUUUUCUAU